AUGGCGCACGGCUCGGCCGCGCUCUGCCUGUGGCUGUGGCUGAGCGCGGCGGCGGGGCUGCGGCUCACGCUGCUGCACACCAACGAUGUCCACGCGCACGUGGAGGCGCGGGGCUGCGCGGAGAGGCCGCAGAGCUGCUUCGGUGGCGUGGCGCGGCGGGCGGCGCGGGUGGCGGCGGAACGAGCGGCGCAGCGCAACGUGCUGCUCCUGGACGCCGGUGACCAGUACCAGGGCACCGUGUGGUUCUCCCGAUUCAAGGGUCGGGAGGCCGUGCACUUCAUGAACCUCCUGCGCUACGAUGCCAUGGCUUUGGGCAACCAUGAAUUUGAUGAAGGUGUGCGUGGAUUACUGGAUCCUCUACUUAGAAAUGCUAAUUUUACAAUUCUGAGUGCAAACAUUAAGGGAAAAACCCCAUUAGGAAAUCAAAUGAUGAAAUACGUUCAUCCUUUUAAAAUACUACAUGUUGACUCAGAAAGAAUAGGUAUCGUUGGCUACACUACAAAGGAAACUUCCUUUCUUUCACAGCCAGGGAAUGAUGUAAUCUUUGAAGAUGAAAUUGAAGCAUUGCAAGUGCAAGUGAACAAACUUACAGCAAUGGGAGUAAACAAAAUAAUUGCACUAGGGCACUCUGGCUUUACUGUGGACAAAAAUAUUGCCCAAAAGGUGAAAGGAGUGGAUGUUGUUAUUGGAGGACAUACAAAUACAUUUCUCUAUACAGGAACCCCUCCCUCUACUGAGCAGCCAGCUGGCCCAUAUCCCUUCAUGGUUGACUCAGAUGAUGGGAGGAAGGUGCCAGUGGUACAAGCUUAUGCUUAUGGAAAAUAUCUUGGUUACUUGAAUGUUACAUUUGACAAGAAAGGAAAUGUAGUUGAAGCAGUUGGGAAUCCUAUCCUGCUGGACAGCAGUGCUCCUGAAGAUGAGCAGAUUAAAGAAGAAGUGGAAAAGUGGAGGAAAAACUUGGGGAAUUACUCUAAAGAGAUUGGAACAACUAGUGUUUAUCUGAACGGUACAGGCGAAGCAUGCCGUUUCCAGGAAUGCAACAUGGGGAACUUGCUUUGUGAUGCUAUGCUUUAUGAGAAUGUCAGACGUCCAGAUGGAAAGUCAUGGAACCAUGUUUCACUGUGCAUCCUGAAUGGAGGUGGGAUACGGGCAUCCAUCGAUGAACAGAGUGCUAAUGGUAGCAUCACUAUGGAAGAUUUGCUGUCUGUUUUGCCAUUUGGAGGUCGUUUUGAUUUGGUAACGCUGACAGGUUCCACACUGAAAGAAGCUUUCGAGCACAGCGUGCGCAGGUAUGGAAGAGGAACAGGAGAGCUGUUGCAGGUUGGAGGUAUCCACGUGGUCUAUGAUCUCUCCAGAGCCCCAGGAAGCAGAGCUGUUAGCAUAGAAGUGCUCUGCACAGCCUGCAGAGUCCCAGCCUACGUCCCACUGCAGAUGGAUGAAAAAUACAAUGUGACUCUUCCGUCCUAUCUGCUGUUUGGUGGAGAUGGUUAUCACAUGCUGAGAGACAACCACCUAGCAUACAGCAAAGGUGAACCUGACAUCGAGGUUGUUUCCCGUUAUCUUGAUAGAAUGAAGAGAGUUUACCCAGCAGUUGAAGGUCGAAUAAAGUUUUCUUCUGGGAGUCUUAUCCAAGGAAGUCUUACUCUGAUUUCUGCUUUGCUCACUGUAACGUUCUGGCAUUGCUGAUUUUUCUUCCUCAAGUGUUUACAUUUGGAAGAAAGGAGGAUAGAGAUGGUGCUGAGGUGGGGAGAAGAGGACUGUUCUCUUUUCUCAAACCUUAAAACAAAUGUUUGGGUUUCUGCAUGGAGUCAAUUAAUAGCAAGGACUGUCUGUCUUUGAUCCGUCCAUUUUUGAAGUGAGUCUGGGGCAGAAUUCAUGGCUUUUCUCACUUUGAAAGAGCAAGCACAAACUGGCGUGACCCACCAUUCAGGUUGAGGUUUCAAGAAGCAAAGUAUCAAUGCUCCAUCGCAAAACAACCACUGACCAAAAUGGGAUCUUUUAAACUCGUUGAUUCUUCCAGCUGCUUCAUUAAGUUGAUCACAAAUCUGAUUCCAGUAAUGUAAAUGAACUUCUAGAAGUAGAUAUAUUAUAAGCACGCACACUUCUCUUUGACCUCCACUCAUGGUUUAAGCUUUGUAUCUCAGAAAUCUAGCUUACUUCCAGUUAUUGUCUUACCUGCACUGAUGCCUACAUAAGUUGGAUCAAACUCAGUGCCAUUAAAAGCACUGGUCCAUUUAUGUGCAAUUUAAAAAGUAUUUUACUUUUUAAGACACAGCAGCUUACUUAUGUUUUCCAUUAAGAAAGCUUGAUUUGAUUUCGAUAAAUUUUGAAAAAUCAAAUAUAUAGCCUCACCAAUUAAUACGACUGAUGUGGGGACUAUAGCUAGAGUAAGAACAAAGUAUCUAAGGUUAUUUUCUAGGCAGAUGCUCCAUUGUACACUUAGGCAGGAAUCCCAGCAGUUACCGGUACCAGCAGUGUUCACAGAGGACACCAGAUACACACAGAUGCCUGCAGUGCCAGGGUAUCCUUUGGAAGUUUCCCAGUAUUGGGGCUUUUUACAGCAUAACUUGGCUUAUCGUAGCAACAAUCAUAACUCAAAAGCCUCUUUCCUAUACAGACAGACUGCUUUAAAAACCCAGCUGUCAGUGCCAAGUUGAUGAGGAUCGAGUCAGAAAUAGGAUAAAUGUGAAGUUCCAUUCAGAACUGACAUCAACAUACUUCCAUACUGUUUACUGCUCUAUUAAAUGGAUGUGCAGAAUUUUGAAUAAACCUACCCUGAUUUUCUGGAAAGCAAAUGACACUUUUUAUCAAGAGCCAAGUUACCUCACUUCUUAAACACUCUAUGCCCACAGAUAAAGUGGAGGUGCAUCACAUUAAGGUAAACUGCAGUGUGUUUGAAUUUCAAGAUCUAACGACUAUUCACAUAAAUUCAGGAGUUUUGCAUGAAAAGAUUUGAUUACAGAGUUCUAACAAUUUAACUACUGCAACAAGGAGGCAAGGAACAGCCGACUUUGGUGGCAGUGGUGACUUGUCAGUGUAACUCCUAAAGUUAUUAAUUUACAGAAUAGUCUUCCCCAAACCAAGGUAAAACCAAUAACAGAGACUGUAUGUAUGGACUGAUCUGUACCCUUACAUCAGAUUUUGAGCUGUAUCUGCAUGGCAGGUAUUUUGUUUGGUUUGUUGUGUUUGUUUGUUUAAAUAAAAAAGGAAGUGAGAUCAAACUCCUUUGGUGUGCCCAGAAGGAAAUAACACAGCUACACCUUCUCUCAGCAAGCAGCAAGAACAGGUUUACAAAAGCAAUAAAGACAGUUAAUGCAAACUGUCUAGACAAAGAACAUUAAUACUGUAUUAUUUUGGAUCAUUUGUAAAAGCAAAAAAGUGGAAUUGUCUGAAAAGCAAAAAUCUCAAGAAAUGUUUAAGAUAUUAAAAUAUCUCUGUGUUGUUCUGCAAUUAAAACUUGUUAAAAAAUCCCUGCAUGUUUCCUUUGCGCAGUCUCCUUCAGGAAGGCUGAGCCAACACAUACAGGUUUACUGGAAAAAUCUUCCACACAUUUUUGUACUAAUAAAUUUCUAGAAAACUUUAA